AGUUGAACUGUGAGUACACAUCCUGGUUUUAUAUAGAGUCUAUAUUCUUUUUUCGCUUUCUAUCGAUAUAGCUAUAUAGAUAUAUCAUACUGCGUGCAGUAAUUUACGCGUUUAACUAAGCACAGUUUUGAUCGCAUAAUUUAUUAAAUAAACGCUCAUUAAUUGUUGUUGGAUUGUUGUAUAUCAUCAUCGGACGUUUACUUUCGGGAACAUCGCGCGAGGGUUCAGAAGUGAGAAAUGGGUACAGUGACUUGCCCCACCAGCGAUGCACUUUCCCAAUGGGAUCCAUUGGUUCAGAGCGUUUCUUCUCGAAAACAGCGUUAUAUUUGGCCGUCGCACUAUCUCAAUCACAGUACUAUCCCUUCUGUGUAUUUACAACGGGAAACUGGCAGUCUGCACCUCCACGAACUGCAGCGGGAACUGCGCAGAUCACAGGAGCUGAUUCAAAGGCUCCAGAUUUCUGAGAAGUUAUCGAGCCACACUGGCUGCGUCAAUUCACUGGACUGGAGUGAUGAUGGAGAAUAUCUGCUCUCUGGAUCAGACGAUUUACACUUGGCCGUGUGGGACGCGAGUAAACCCAACGGAUUCGCGCCUUAUCGCUUCAAAACUCUUCAUCAGGAGAAUAUCUUCACAGUUAGAUUUUUGUGUAAGUCCAAUGGGAGGCAGAUUGUGUCUGCUUGUGGAGAUGGAUCUAUUAUUUACACUCAGCUGAAGGAAGCAGAUGUUGCGCAAAAACUGAUCAAAAACCACACGGCAACUGUUUACCGGGUGCUUCCGCUUACAGAAGCCUGCUCCUGUUUCCUGUCAUGUAGCGAAGAUGGCACUGUGCGGCAGUUUGAUGCUCGUCAGCCGUUUUGCGAGUGCGAUCCGGGGGAUAACUGCAACCAUUCUUUGCUGGCCAAUAUGGAAAAGGCUGUUUCGACUAUUGCUUUAAAUCCCGUUCGCUUCCAUGAAUUGGCUGUGGGAUGUUCGGACAGUACGAUAACAUUUUAUGAUCGAAGGAAGAUGGACCGACCAACAAAACGUAUCCGCUGCCAGACGACCAAGAAUAUGCCCAGACGCAUUACUAGCCUGCAGUACGAUGCCUACGGAAGCUCUCUUUUAGCCAAUGUUCUUUGUGAAAAAAUUCAGCUUCUUGAUCUGCGAAUCAAUGAACAACUGAAGGAAGGCAAGGCCAAAAAAUUGGAAGAUCCGAAGGAAUUAUGUCCAACGGAACCUCUUCCCAUUAAACGAUUGCGCCUUCGAGGUGACUGGUCCGAUACGGGCCCGCAGUCCCGUCCAGGGCAGCGCCCGACUGAAGCUGCUUCUGGUUCAUCGCGGUUUAUGGUUGAGAUAUCUGAUUUGAUGACCACAUGGAUGCGAAAUCAGAUGGCAGCGCAACCUGCCGCACCAUCCCCACCGGCGCCAGUUAUUACGCCUUCAGAACGAUCGGCAGGCGGAGGUGGUCGGAACGAUAGUGGAGCACAACUGAUGGAUGUUAUCGCUUCCGCGCCCACCCGGAAUAAGAAGUUCCCUGAAGAUCUGGUUAUCGUGAAACCUGUAUUAGAAUACUCAGGUCAUCGCAGUUCCCGUACAAUGAUAAAGGAAGCCAGAUUUUGGGACGAUUCUUUUGUUAUCAGCGGUUCCGACUGUGGGCGGGUCUUCAUUUGGGAUCGACAGUCUGGCAAAUUGGUCAACGUUUUCGAAGGCGAUAAACAUGUUGUUAACUGUAUCCAGCCUCACCCAACCCAGUUUCUCCUGGCCACUAGCGGGAUUGAUCACGAUGUGAAGAUCUGGAGACCAACUGCAGAGGAAGCUUGUUUUGAUGCCGGUCUAGCAGAAAAUAUCGCGGAAGUGAAUAACCAGAUGCUGGAUGAAACGCGGGACACGGUUACGGUACCGGCGGUGUGUGUGGUAAGGAUUCUGCGGGCCAUGGCCCGGCGAAGUGAAGAGGGUGAACAACGACGGCAAGAUAGAAGUGGUAACGCGGCCAAUAGGGCCAGGGAAGAAGAACAGGAUGGAAGUGAAACGGAGGAAGAAUGAUUUGAUUGCGUCUGAAAUGUUAUUAUUCGUAAUUUUGUGAUGCAGAAGAUCUGCUGAAAUGCUCAUGCUUUCUCGUCAUUUUGCUGUGUAUUACAUAUUGUUACUAGUCCUUUGUUUUGGUUGUACCGUACCUCGGUGUAUUUAUUUUCAGUUUAUAGUCACGGUCUUUAUCAAGAGUUUCUACAGUUUUAUUUCUUAGAAUUUUUGCAUCGUUAACGAAUUUCUUGAAGAUUUUAAGCAGUGGUUUUGUUGUUUCUGUGGUAUAACCACACGACUAACAGAGGAUUAAAAUUUGAACAACUGUA